CAGCAGCGGCGCUCGCAGCCUCCGCGGGGCAGAGCUCCCCUCUGUCUCUCUCUCUCCCGCCCGCCGGCAGCAGCAGCAGCGAUGAGCGGCUGGAGUUGCUACAUCGACAGCCUGAUGGCCGACGGCACCUGCCAGGACGCCGCCAUCGUGGGCUACAAGGACGUGCCGUCCGUCUGGGCCGCCGCCCCGGGCAAGACCUUCGCCGGCAUCACGCCUGCAGAAGUGAACAUCCUGGUAGGAAAGGACCGAGACAACCUGUUUGUGAACGGGCUGACGCUGGGGGGCCAGAAGUGUUCCGUCAUCCGGGACAGCUUGCACACGGACGGGGAGUGCACCAUGGACCUGCGGACCAAGAGCACGGGGGGCGCCCCCACCUUCAACAUCACAGCAGCCAUGACCAGCAAGACGAUAGUGCUCGUGAUGGGGAAGGAAGGUGUCCACGGCGGCUGCGUCAACAAGAAGUGCUUUGAGAUGGCCAGCCACUUGCGGAGGUCCCAGUAUUGACAUGUGCCUUCCGGCGGGGCCCCGCCUGUGGUACUACUGAUGGAAUGGUGUAAGGAUGUCCAAGGUGGCGGCGACUGCCCAGGGCCCCGGCCCUGCCAUCGUGGGAUCGACCCUGGGGCCGGAUCGCCGUCUAUUCCAGCCCUCCACCCACUCGUGGCCUCUCCCUUCCCCACCCCCAUUUCUAUCGGUUUUUUCCUUACCCCCUUCCUGACACCCGCACUCCUUGUUCUUCUCUUUUUGCCAUUUUUUCUAUCACAAAUCCUUAUUGCUGCCAAAUUUUCUGGUUGUUACAAGGUGUAGUUUUUUGGUUAAGAAAACUAUAUUGGAACAAGAAAAAUAAAAAUAAAUUGAAUUCUAAA